AUGGCCAGCCAUAUCAUUGGAAACCGCAACAGCACCCCGGAAGCCGCUCCGAACUCCACUUUGCGUCCUCCAUCGUCCGCUCGAAACCUCGGAUCGCAUCAGCUGCGAGCGUCGGCCGACAUGUCCGGAUUCCCCUCGCCGCUGUCCUCCCGCAGUAUGCGUCCGUCCUCGGAAGUUUUCUUCAACCAACAGGGUCAGAAUUCGACGGAAGAUGCGUUGGACCGGGCAGCUCAGCAGUGGUUGGCGGACAUUGACCAGAACGAAACCACACUGGAGGAGAUGGCAGCCGCUACACUUGAUCAGGACUUCAAGGAUGAGCUCAGCGCUAUCGAGCAGUGGUUCCGCGUUCUGAGUGAGGCGGAGCGGACGGCUGCCCUAUAUGCUUUGCUACAACAGACUACCCAGGUGCAGAUUCGCUUCUUCAUCCAGGUUCUGCAGCAGAUGUCCCAGGGUCACCCGAUGUCUGGGAUUCUCUCUCCGGCCAACUUCGGCGAGAAGGAUGCCAUGUCUAGUCGCUUAAGUGAUGCCAUGUCUAAACUCAACAUGGAUACAUCACGAAGUUCCUUGGGCCGGCCCCCACCAUCUCCAGGCGCCAAACGUAACUCGGCACUUGAUUCCUCUACUAUUAAUGCCAUGUUCCCCGAUGCCGCCGCUGCGAUUGCGAAGAAGAAGGCGGAAUUUACUCAGCAAACAGGAAACGCACCUCCCUCGAACCGCAACAGUCUGGUCUUCGGUGACCGAACCUCGUUUGUUGCCCCCACCAUUUCGGCGCCUGACAACAAUGACAGCCUGAGCCAGCCUCCGGCGUCUCCUUGGGCCCAGCGUGGUGGUCUUUCGGACACUCAACCCCCCAUUGCCCGGCCGAAAUCAUCUUCCGGUCACCAGCCCAUGGGUCAGUUCAGCCAGCCCUCUGCCUCCGGCCUCCGCUCUCCUCUUCCUCAGACCGCCACCAUUCCUGCCCCGGAUAUUGAGCCUCCACUGCUCUCGCCAUACAAUGUUGGAAACCACAGCUGGGCGUCGAUGACCAACACCCCAAUGACUGCUACCUUUGGCCAGCAGCAGAACCAGGGCAACUCCCAAGCUGAUAUGGUGGCAAAUGCGACAGCUAUGAAGCUGGCCGCUUUGUCCACUGUGAACAACCGUAUUGCUCUCGAUGAUGCCCGCAAAUACCGCCGGUCUCGAUCGAACGAUGGCCAAGGACGGAACUCUGUUAAUCAGGGCCUUUCGCAAGGCUUGGCGAGUCCCGGUUUGCCUGGUUCCAAUCCCAUGGCUGGACAAUUCCUGAAUGCGCAGCAACUCGCCGCUCUGCAGGCCCAGCAGCAAGCUGCCAUGGCGGGUCGCCGGUCUCGUCCGACGUCUCCCGGUAUUGCCAUGCAGGGUGCUGGAGCACUCGGUGGCAUGAGCUUCACCUCGCCCCAGAACAAUGGAUUCCUCGCGGCCUACGACCCAAACAAUCCGUUGAUGGGUAAUGGAUUGAGCUCUCUGGGCAUUGGGCAGUUUGGUCUGGGUGGUGAAGGUUAUCUGUCUGAUCAUUCUGAGGUCACCCGUGGACGCUCGCCCCGUGGUCGCCGUGGUAGCUCGAAGCCGCCGGAGGACCCCACGGACCCUACUCUUCUGAAGGACAUCCCCAGCUGGCUGCGAUCCCUUCGGCUGCACAAGUACACGGACAAUUUGAAGGAUCUCAAGUGGACAGAAUUGGUUGAGCUUGAUGAAAAGGCUUUGGAGGACCGUGGAGUCAAUGCACUGGGUGCCCGAAACAAGAUGCUGAAGGUCUUUGAGCAAGUCAGAGAAGCUCAGACUGAUGGCAAGCUUGAGAACAUCAUGUGA